CAGCUUGCACUGCCAUUUCUUUUAUUCCCUCUGCAACUACCAACCUCCCUGCAUAUCAAACACAACACUGAAUGUUUCAUCUUUUCUGUCCAUCAUGCGUAUGACACGAGCAGCCCUCCGAGCUCAAGCUCUCGACGAUUCUUAUCAGAUUCACCAAGAUGCCGACUCGUCAGACCUUGGACCCCAACCUGAAACCCCCAACAAGCAACCCAGCCAGGGGCUCCUUAACCGAACAGUGUUGAAGGAUAUCACUCAGGAAAUCAAUUCCACUGUUGACGACGUGUUUGCUCAAGAACCCCUCGCAUCUGCAAAGAAGCCCCAGCCCACCGGUAACGAGACCCAACCGAAUAUUCCUCUUCAAGGUGUCACGCCUAAACUCCAGGAAGGGUCUGUUUCAGAUUCGUCCGACUCUGCCCCCCAGGAAGCUCAAUACACCGCGAACCAGACACCUCAACACGGUUCCUACAUGACUUCCCAGGAAGAUCUUCCUCAACCACCAUCCACAUUACCUCACCAUAGCCCACGCAUCAAUCAACAACUGCCCGACAUCACCAAGUCUCCACUGCCUCAACUGAGUACCAAUCCUCCCAAGACGCCCAAGUUCGAUCCCUCCAUCCAUUUAGCAAGAGAAGGGAACGAAGCAACACCGACACAGCCUGGGGAGGAUUCAUUCAUUGACAACAUCAAGUCCAGAUCCCCAUCGAAAAUGCAUGCCUGUCCAGGAGAUUCCAUACACUCUCCAGACUCAUUCUCCGAUCACAUGAACCCAAGAACACCUCGAAUUGAGGAUUCGGUCGAGGCAAUCGAUGCUCUGGAGGAAGCUAUCGAAAAGAUCUCCGAAGGCCUUCCUGUCCUGGACAAUCUCAACAUUCAAUCACCUAUCAAGUCGGCUAAAAAGGCCCCGUCGCGCGUUGGGCUUGAGAACAAGGCAAAGGCGCCUGCAUCUGUGAGAAGAUCAGCCAAACCCCCUGGCACCCUAGCAAAGAGUUCCCCAGCCAAACCAUCGACAACGAAGUCUACCACGGUUCGGAGCAGACCAAGUAUUGCCCAGUCAGCUGUUGGAAAGCAGGUCGCAAAGCCACCAACGGUCGCUAGGCAAUCCAAGAAGCCGGUCGUGGAUGGGCAAUCGCGCUCUAGCUCAACCACACUGAAUCCACCGCCUUCCUUGUCCUUUUCCAACUCACCAGCCAAGGCAUUACCCAACACAACUAAGAAGCGUGUUCCCAGCACAAGUCUCUCGACCAGCAAACCUGGCUUCGUCCCAGCGCGGUCGAGCAAGGCACCAACAACAUCUACAUUCUCGCUGCCAGGAGAAGCCAUCUCGGCAAAAGUGAGGGCACAACGAGAGGAACGACUGAGGCGCGAAGAGGAAGAGCUCAAGGCCAAGAAACUGUUCAAGGCAAGGCCACUUCCUACAAAAGCCGCCGAACCAACCGUUAAGCCUCGAGCAAAUAAGGCGAGCCAAGCACGUUUGAGCAUUUACGCCGGUGGUGUUAACAAGGAAAAUGUUGAACCACAACGUCAAGCUGGACCAAGACCCCGUCCAUCUUCGAUGCUCAUUUCCCGGCCCAAGCCAGAGGUGGCAAAGGCCAAUUCCAGUGUUCGACGAACCAUGAGUGUUAUGGAGCGACCAAUGAAUUCCAAACCGCGAGUGUCCUCGGUCCAGCUAGCUGCCGGACAGAAACUGAGCGUGUCCAAGGAAGAUGCCGUGCGCCAGAGAGCAAAUGGCAAAGAGGUCUUUGCCCGUUCCAAGGUUGAAAAAGAGAGGCUGGAGAAGGAGAGGAAGGAGAAGGAGGAGGCAACUCGAAAGGCUCGAGCUGAGGCAGCGGAACGUGGUCGACAGGCCAGCCGUGAAUGGGCCGAGAAGAAGAAGAAACGAUUGACACUGCAGGCCAACACGAAACUCCACGAAGGGUCAUCAACUGCGGUCUCCACCACCUCUUGAGUGGUGCUAACAUCCGGCGGAGGGUUGUCGACGGAUGGAUUUGUACAGCGACGGAGUUGGGAUAUGACAUGUGGAAUUACCCGAGAUACUGUGGAUUGACAUUGAGCGACGGCAACGGAGGAGCGGACAACGAGAACCAUGCCUGGAGUCAUUCCAAUCUUCAUUCAUUCAAUGCGAGCGAAACGUCUGUUGGGAAUGACGACAAUGACCGAGUAGCAGAAUAUGCUCAGAUACAGAAUGUAUACAUUGAUCAAAUAUGGUAUCCUGACCGAGAGAUCGGGGUAUACCACAAUAGCGGGAAAUGACGAAAGGCUGGAUGCUGUUGUCUCUCUCAGCCCCCGUCGCCGUCCGGCCGUUGCACUGGUAUCCUAACCAGCGGGACAGGCAAGGAGGGCAACUUUGAGUCUUUGGUAUUCUUCUCGGACUGCUUGUUCUUGACUUUAUUCUG